GGAUUUCAUAAUUUAUGAAUAUGCGUUCUGAUUACACACGCAUGUUCCGCUUUUAUAGUAUAGAUACUUUAUCGAUUGGGACAACAUUGUAUUUCUUUUCUGUAAGUUCCGUUAGAUCUCGACUCUUUUAACUUCGCUUCUCGUUUUUAUUUAAUCUCCCACUCUGUGCCCUCUUUUCAUUUUUUUUUCUCCUUUCACUCCCUCUGACCAGUGAAAGUAUUCAUCGUUCGGAACAGAGACAAAAUGUAGUCCCUAGGAACGUGGUUCUUGCGUUUAUUAUUUAUAAGUGUCAAGAAUUCUUCCUGUAUCGAAUAACUGUCAAUAAUGUAUUAAAUAACAUUAAUUCUAUUAUUUAUAACGGUAUACAUUUUAAAUAUAAUAUUAUGUUUUAUAAGUAUUAUUAUUUUAUUCAUGUGUAGUAUCAUUGUUCUUCGACGUUCUCAUAGUGCCUUUACCGAGAAUAGUUCAUUGUUUUAAUUACUAGAAAGGCACGAAAUAACUCGAUGAAAAUUAUACAUACAUUCAAUAUUCUUACGUUUUAACAACUAUAUUAAGUAUUCAAGAGAAACAAUGAACUGUUCACUGCUUUACUUUCUGAAUAACAUCAGACACGCUAUAACUGAUUACGAAACAGAAAUAUUGUAUAAGAUACAUAGCAAAAAAUGUAGUAAGAUUUAUUUAUGUUCUAAACUCUUAAAAAGCAACCACAAGCACUUCCUCAACACAACUUUUCACUAUAUUAUUAAAGCGAAUUUUAUAAAUUUCAAAAGCAAUAUCCACGGAAUUUAUGAAUCGAAGGAAGAAUUUCAAGGAAGACUGGUCGAGCAAUUAAAAAGAAGUACACAUCUAAACGUACGUGUAAAAACAAAUUAUUUAAAAUUCUCGAUUCGUUUCCAAACUCGAGUCUAUCGAUACAAAUUAAAAUACGAAUAUUAUUAAGAUACUGUAAAAUAUUCUGUUCAAAGUCGUCGUUUGCUAUAAACCAUCAGGCUCGGACGUUAUGGGAUUCGUUUACCUUGGAUUAUAUUUACCAUACAGGCCAUAAACGAGAUUUUAGAAAAACAUCUAAGCAGACGAGGAAUUUAGUAUCCAAAGGUAAUGAAUUUUGUAACGAAAGAUCGGUGGACGAUGAAACAUGGGAACCGUACGACAAGAAAGGUCAACCAUCGGACAAGGCUAACUUUGGACCUUCGUUCGAACCUGAACAUGUUUUACUUUCGACUACAUCAAUGGACAAGUUGUCUCCUUUGCAGAGGAAAAACAAAUUCAGUUUAUUUUUACAAGUUUCACUCCAGUUUCGCUGAGAUUAUUACAAGGAAUCGUAUCACGAUGAUUUCAGAAUGAGUUUGCAGAUUUUUGUAUGAACACGUUCAAUGAAAGUAAAAGGCAAUUGUGAUGUGAUGUAAUUUAAAAGUGACUCGACAUUUUUUACUUUAGAAAUUUCGAGAUUUUUAGGAUAUGGAAUAUGAAGCUUUCUUUCUUAUAUUCUUCGGUUUACGUCAAUGCCAGGGAGAACCUGUAGGGAGUUUAGGGAGAGCCCAGUAAAAGUCAAUGAACAGCCUCAGUAUUGAAAUAACGGUAAACCGUGUACACAGAAUAAAAAGAGUGUUGAAAUUGAAUUAAUAAUUCAAGAAUUGAAAAAGGAAAAGAACAUAAACUAGACUUUGAACUCGACAAUCUAUUCUGAUUAUUAUUCAAACUUCAGCAGCAGACUAAUUACCAUGACGAAAGAUAUUCAUCUUGGUUUGAACUUCAUAACACGUGGUGCGUGGCAAUACCAAAAAUAGUUAUCGAUUUCUUUCUAAUACUUUCACUGUUGAAUUCAUUGAUCGAAACCUGUGCAGAUAUUUCGCUUUUAUUGAACGUCCGAAAUCGAUCAAAUUAAUAAAAUUUGUUCAUUGAUUCGGUAAAAAUAACCGUGGCUAAUAUAAAAUCUGAUAAUAUCGAUUAUGAAGGUUAUUUUAAUCUAAUGCUUAUGUUUGCUGUUUUGCAUUACUGGCGUAAUUUUAUCGGUGUAAUUUCCUUCGUUUGUGUUUUAAUUUAUAGCGACCUUUGUGGCAACCGAUAUGUUUUUGCUAUAUCGUUCCUUGGACAACGAUUACAAAUCUAACAGAAAAGCUUGGGAAAUAAAUAAUUGUCUCUUUUUAUCGUUUGUUUUGAUGUUCUGUCAUUGGCGUAACUAGAUAAAGAUCAAAUUCCUAAAAAGGAAAUGGACAGCUACGCCAAUUCCAUAGCGUAACAUGAUCGUUGCGAUGAAGAUUUUUCGUUUUCGACUAAAUUAAACUCACAGCUACGAUUCGUACAGUCAACGCGUUAAUAAAUAUCCUAAAUAUAUGCUACGUUGCAAAGUAAGUUAUUCAAUUUGCCACGCGGCUCGAACACGAUUUAACGAUUCUUCUGUUGUAGCUCGCUUUAAUUGCUACUUUCUCGAUGAAUGCGUAGUUGCAGACGCUUGCAACGAUCGAUUGCAACUACUAGAAAUUUCGUCGUAAUGUUUCGACAUCGAUGACAGACCACUGUAAUAAUGAUAAUACUAAAAAUAAGGAAAAUGAAAUUGAAUUUCAGCUCGACUGAGCAGCCAAUGACAACGUCCGACGAAAGUUCUACGCGGUAGAAAGAGAAACCACCAUCUUCUAAUUGUAUGAAAUUUCAUGGUGAAACUUCUGCCAUAGACUGUGUCAAUUUUGUACGAACUCAUGCAAAACAUUGUCGAAAGCUACGUGACAUCACUGCUGGCAAUUAGUUCGCUUUUGGUGAUCGAUUAAUUAUCGAUAGUUAAAAGCUUUAUUAUCUGUAUUGGUCAAAUCAAUAAUCAAACUUCUAUCUGUAAUAAAUGGACGUUCAUAACGUUUAAUUAUACUUAAAAAUAUUACAAAAUCAUACAAUCUCAAAGUCGGAUAGUACAAAGAAGAAAAGUGAAAAUUAUUUUCAUAUAAAAUAUUUUAAACAAAAAAAAAAAAACUAUCAGAAGAGAAACUAGUUACAAAGAUCAGUCGCUAUUCAAACAUUCUUGUUCAGCAGUAUAAAUCUCUGGUUUUAUGUAAGCUUUCUAAUUUUAAUACGCUAAAUCUGGCCUCCUUCCUUUCUUCCUUGCCCACCAGAAACAAUAACUCACUACGUUUAAGGAUCAAACUCGGUGUUUUAGAAUUUGAAAAUACGUAACUUUCCUAUCAUUACUCAUACUACAUGGGAAGUGCCAUUUUGGAUGAUCCAGAUCCAUCCGGGUCCCUUGCGAUGGAAAUUCCUGGAGAUCGUCUUUCGAAAUUUUUACCAACGUCAGUUCACCAGCUCGCAGCAUCCGGUAAUCAUUGUUAUGUUUCAAUCGACGAGCAUAGCAGUCUACCCUGAGUCUGGUAAGCGUUUAUCAUUCAUAGCAUGGCCAAGUUCCUAGACCGCGCUAAACGGAACAAAACCCGCAUGUUUGCCAAGCCACAGGAUGUUUAGCAAUUGACGUUGAAAAAAAUCCUCUCGAAAGAAACUGUGACGUAUCUUUGUUGGCUUUCUUCGUGCAGUUCGUCAACGGACACGAAAUUAUGCUAACUACGUACGGUUUGAACCAUGGUGCGCGUGUCGGGCCUAAGGUGUUCGUCCACUGGCGCUCACUUUUCAAUACGGGGAGGUUUCUCCCACCAUAUGCUCGUACUUUCAUUACUACCAAGAUAUUCAUCCGGAGGAGCCAUUUUUCCACCAUUACCAGCUUCGUCGUCCUAGCUGAUUCUUGGCCAUCGGACGAGAAGAAACCACCACGAGCAGAAGCCGCAGAGAGAGACACUCGGAAGGCUCGCAGACUGGUCGAAGCGGAUCGCGUUUGUUCUGCUCGGAAAUUAUGACAACGAGAACGAAACAGGUCCGUGUACAAAUACCCUGGAAGAACUCGGAGAUGCGACUGCAGAGAUUUACGUGACUGGAAGAAGCUGAUCAAGAUUUCGUUUCAUUUUUUUUUUUUCGAUUCGUGACAACCUCGAUCAGUGAAAGAUUUGUAUUCCGUUAGAAGUUUAAAGAGGGGCUACCUGUGAUUCGUAUUACUUUUUGACUGUGAUAUUUAAAUUGACAUCAGAGGACGAGUAGUCCAGAAGACUUCGCUCCGUGAAGAGUUCAAGAGUGCAUAAAAUAGAUCUAUUUUUGAUCAUGAUCAGUCGGGAUUGAUCGGAAUCUUUCGAUUUUUGCUCGAGCACGAUGAGUCGAUCGUGGUGUUUCGUUUUGUUGUGCCUCGCGAUUCACGGGGCUAAAUCGUCCUCGAACGUCUCGGAGAAUCCCGUCCAAGAACUUCUUCCGAGCCACCGAUCACGAACUUCGGCGGACAGUGUUGUCGACACGACUUUCAAUGAAAGCUGGACUACCUUGUCGGAGGUACUGGACAUUUUUAACGUACAUCAUCUUGCUAGUAACUGGACCGAAGGAAAAUAUCCUGUCGAUAAGCAAUGCGCCAAACACGUUACACGAUACAUCGAUGGACUGAGAAGAAACGAAGGAUGGGCACUGAAAGGUACGCCGAAAGUUUACGGUAUAAAUCAUGGUUUUAGUAGGAAGAAUUUCUGUAAAUAUUUAACGAUCGAUUAUUCGGGAGUAGCCUUAUGUAAACAUCAUUUUUUCUCUUCUUUGUACGUACACGUAAAUGUAACGGUACACUCGGAUGAAACGCAAGAUGAGGAUUCAUAUGUAAACUUGACAAUUUUUUAAUUACCAUUUCUUCGCACUGCCAAAUUUUUAAAUACCCCUAAAUUUUUAACUAACUCUUACAUUUCCGAAUCCUGAAAAUUCUUUCAAAAUCAGGAAGAAGAGUGUAAGAGUCUCCUCUUAUCUUAGGUUGCCAUCUUUUCCGUAGAAAAAUGAGAUUUUCACUUGACUGUACUUCUCAGUACAGAGUAAAAAUUUAUUUUGCAAAUAGAAAGUGUACGAGUCCGUUCGAAUUACUCGUGUUAGUUGAAUUGAAUAUGAAUAUAAGACAAAAAGUUUAAUCGUUAGUCCUUGAACAACGCGUUCACGUUAUACUUGAAGUAACGUCAUUAGUACAACCAGGAUUUUUAUCAGAGGGGCAUUUCCUUAGACUUAUUAACAGUAUUUGCCUACUUACGUAUCAUGGCGAGGAGGCCUUUGAAAAUUUAUCAUUCCAUUGAACAUUAUAAUCAACGAGUUAUUAUCAAAAUAAUAUUGCAACUUGAGUAACAUUGCUAAAGUCCAAUAAUGUUUAUAUCGUUUAACUUACAUAAUAACAUUUCUCCAAUUUGUCACUUUUACAUCUUCAAGCUGACCUUCAAGAAUGUUUCGAAAUUUCUAUAAAAAAUGUAAAAGAGUAGAAACCGGAGACGAGAUACAUUAACCGAAUCUCUUAAAAAUAAACGCUCAAGAAGAUGCAUAAAGAUCUGUUACUCAUUCAUAUUCAAUAUAUCUGUUUUGAUAGAUCAACAAAAAAUGAGUUGAAUCAAUUAAUUCACUUUCAUGAGGAAGGAAAUCGAGAGUUUGAUAGGUCACGAGUCGUUUUGCCAGAAAUGUCCUCGAAUAGACAUCUGCCAGCCAGCAGGCAGUUCCUCCUCCCGGUUUGCCUACUUUCAUCGUGAAAUUUCACUUUUCGCCACACGAAGAGCAACCAGCGACUUACACGAUCGCUCGAGCUCGCCUCAACGACGAAUCUCGCUUUCAAUGUUUCGCUUAUUUCCACCUCGGUCAAUGCCACUUUUCGCAACGUUCUUGUUCCACCUUUUUCUUGUUUAUGAAAGUCCUUUGCCGCUCUUUAUACCCGAGGUAACGAAAUAAUCAAACAAAGCGUUACGUUUUAAUUAGUCUCAUUAACAUCCGCGAUAAUAUCUAGACUGACGUGUCCGCUUAAUGCUUGGGAAACUUUGUCCUCCGAUUAUUGUUUCCAUGCCUUGCUUCAGGAUCGAUAGGCGUAGAAUGAGGAUAUUCAGAAAGUGAACAAUAAACCGGAAGCGUCGAUCUAGGUUAAGCACGAUCGAAAGUUAAACAGAGAAUGCUUGCCACCAUUAAUGGUCGUCGCUAUGAAAGUCAUUUGAAAUGUCAUAACGGUAAUGCUCCUAAUGUUUCCUACUGACGACGUACCUUUCACCUUUUCCCUCUGCAAUUAUACAAAGUUAAGCUUCCUACUAUUGCCGUAAAUAUGUGGAGACCAGGGUGGACCUACAUUUCAGACUAGGGCUCAUCCUGCGUAGCGCGAGUGUUGGAGAACGAAAGCUACAAAUUUCUAAAAUCUUAAAGUCAUGAAUGUUCACGUUCCUUAAUUCUCAAAUUCCUAAAUACCCAAAUUCCCGAACUUCUAACUUUCCGAAUCUCAAGUACCCAAAUUUGACAAUAUCCAAAUUCUAUAAUUUCCACAAAUCGCUUGAUGGUGUUAAUUUUUGGGCGGUGACAUUAAUAGAACUGGAGUACCUCGAAUAAAAAUUCUAGUUACGCCAAUGUUUCCUACGAUGAGCAGGGGUCUCCGCGAAAGGAGAAAGCGAAGAAAUUUUGUACCGUCGGGCUUUUCCUCUUGAAAAUUCUAACCGGAAACAAUAAACGUCGCACAAUAACAGGAACUUGUGAGAAGUUGUAAUGAGACUAACAUAGCCAACAACAGAAGUACGACAAACUUUCUACUCGAUUAUACCGUCCCAAGUUCAAAGCGAUUUUAGACGCAAAAUUCGGAUCAUAAAUUUUUAUGAUCUGCUUUUUCUCCUGAAAACGAUCGCUAUCGUGUCUGUUGCAUAAUUAAUUUCAAAAUAUACAUACAUUACCAUGCCAUGGAAGUUAUCCAUCCACGAUCUAAUUAAUCAUUCUCUCUUUUUUGUGUUCUCCAACGAGUUAUUCUCAACGUGCACGAUCUAAGGGACAACCUUGACAUACUUAACCCUUUCACCUGUAUCAACCUCGAUUUUCGAAAAUGAUUGUCAAAGAUGUCACAAAGAAAAUAUGUUCUAUUCUUAGAUGUUGCGUGAGUCUCGUAUAUCCAGUGACGUUCUUCACUUACAUAUUGCGAUAGAUGUAAAACGCAUUUAAUUCUAGGGAUAUUUUGCAUAAUUCUAUGUAAACGCUGGAAGCUUAUUCGCUUCAUUAAUUAUCAAAAGGAAUUUAUUUGUUAGUGCAACUAGGACAGUACUCUCACCGGAUAGUAUCUUAAUCUAGAUCUGUGGAUAUGAAAGAUGCGCCCGGAAGGUCGGCGAUUUACGGUACUUGGACUUUCGACGCUCUGUUCCCCGAGUGACUCAGUAACUUUCUUACGCUUCUCUUCUUUGCGCGUAUACGUAAUACAUACGUUUAUAAGUUAAAAUAGCAUUAAAAUUAAAGUAAAACUAAGAUGACAAUAACUCAUCUAAGUCGUAAACCAUAAGAUUUAUUUUAGGAACCUAUCUUGAACCGCAGAAAAAGUUUGCACCGAAUGAACUAUGAUCAAUAAGUUCGAUUUGCACGAACCUUCCUACGAUUCGCGCUAGGGUAACGUUAGAAAGUUUAAGGAAGACUUCUGCAAAGGAACAUGAGUCGAAGUAGAAACUGCGGCAAUUAUCGAAAUUACGUCACGCAGAAUAAAAAAAAACCGUCCGGAGAAAGGAUUACGUGGAAGCCGGGCUUGCAAACGCGCAACUUUCACGUAACCGGACUUUUCUUGAAUAAUAUGUGUUUCUUUUCGCUUCAUUUUAUUCUCUUUCUUUCGUUUUCAUAAACGUGAUGUAACGGUUAGUCUCGUUUACUUAGCAGCUUCCUAGUUUGUGAUCACGAUACAUUUAAUAUCUUUAUGGAACUCCGUUCCACAUACACAACGCCUACUAAAAUAUUCCAGGUUGUAUGCAACAGCCGCGUUUAGAUUACGUAUGUUAAUUACUAGCACCUGGUGCAGCUGUAACAUUCUUUCAUUCUAAACUCAACAUUUUUUAGCAAUUGAUUGUCAUGGCAAUUAUUAGAAAAUGGCACCCCAAAUUUUAUGUAAUACUUAUAUAUUAAAUGUCGGUGUUGAUAUCUUAUUCCCGCUUUUUCUAAUGAUAAAUCUACAAAUUUUUCUGAAAAUAACGACAUGGCAACGUAAAAAAAGGAGAUUACGAAUACCGCUUGUACGUGUUCUGGAAUAAAUUAGACGAGAAAAAAUGUUGAAUGAUUUUGCAUAAAUAACAGCAACAAUGCAAUCGUUUUUUCUUUCUUACCAGUAAAUCUGAAGAUUUUAAUCACAAUAUACCUGAUUCUCUUGACAUCGUUUACAUGAGAAAAGAGUUAAAAAAUUUUGUAAAGUAGAUUUUCAUACCAAUUAGCGUCGUGCGAUUUUCAGAAGGAAAACAAUGAUACCAAAUACAUAAUUUAUUAUUCAGAAUAUCCUUGAAUACCGUUCGCAUUAACAAAUAGAGCUUAUGCAGAAACGAUAGCGGGCUCUAACAUUUGUUAGACUUUAAUGUUUCGACCUGUUUGAUUAUAUAAGAUAAACAUAUUCAUUUAUGUACUUUCUACGUGCACCCACCUAAACAGGUUUCUCUCCUAGACAAACUUGCAAACGCAAAUAGAACUUGUCUAACCGACCGCAACGUUUAUUGUCCCGUUUGCCUUCUCGAAACUUUCUUAAAAUCGUUUGUCGUUUUAUCGAGACCAAAAGUUCGGUCGAAGUAAUUUUCGAUCGACACCACAUCGCUCAUUAAAAGAGUAGAAGAGUAGAAAGUGCCAGUGCCAGAGCGUACGAGUUGUGCAAUAGCUCAAAUACAUUCCGACCUGUUUGUUUCGUAUGCUAAGACACUCAAUUAAGUCGGAGGAAAACGAACGGUAAAUACCGGUGAAAAUACUGGAAAAAGAUAUUUAAUUCCGCUUUUGCAGUUUAGAAGAGUCGACAUCUUUUGUUCCUAAAUUUUCUUCCGCUCACGUACUAAAUUUGAAAGUUAUAUGUACAGAGAGAUACCACAAUAACUUGCUUAACACACCUCUGUUAAUCGCGAUAUCUCUGUUUGUACUUGAUUUAACAUCUUUUCGUAUUAGCGCGAUUCUCUUCUGCUUAUUUCCCGUUGCUCGAGGAAGGACCUGUUACUUUCAAAUUCAAGCUAAAUCAUAAAAGUUAUUCGAAUUGAAACGAAUAGUAAUUAUUGAAAGUGAAUUCCAAAAGCAUCUGGAUCAAGGUACGAUCAGUUUCACUUGCCAAAUCGACCGAGCAUUAUAAAGUGCAAGCAAACGCAACAAGACCGAUUAUGGGACACCUUUGAAAUGUACAAAUUUUCGCAACCAUUGGCGCGACACCGCCAAAGUAUGUAUUAGGCGUGACUCGUGCGUUUCACUUUCUGCACGUACGUACAUCGGAAAAGGUUGGACGCGUUAUAAUUUUAUUCCGAAGCUCGCGUAAUCGCUACCGUGAUGCAACUAAAGUGCAUCCUUUAUGUCGCCGUCUGCGUAGACUUUCGGCCAUGCCGUCUGGUCACGUUCGUGAACGCGAUUAAAAAAUGUCUCGAAGCAAUGCGUUGCUAAAUAAAAUCGCUUAAUUUGGUACGGAACGUUCUCGUAUGAACGCUGUCUAUUUAAGCAAGAAUGUUAUAUUUGUUUACGAAUCAGCGAAUCAUCCACGUGCUUGGAAUGGGUUUUUUCUUUUUUAAACUCAAGCACGUCCGCUCAGAGGCACAUUAAUAUUGCAACACGAUCAACUAUGUAAAGAAGAGCCUUUCUCUUUCCAAAUUACUUUCCCUGACCAGUCGUCCAGAACGUGAUAUCCGACACGUUUUGAUGGGUCUGGGAAAAGUAAUAAGUCAUAUUAUCACGGUCAGUGGUCGACAGUAAUUGAAGUCGUACUUUGCUGACUGCAGAUAAUUGGCAGUUUGAAACUGAUCGUAAAACUGGCCUCGAACUUACUUUACGAUUUAUGCCAAAUUUGCACUUAGACAUCAGGUUUCUUCGACCUGCAAUUUGUUAUUUAAAUUACAAUAGACAUCGUGUAUCAAAUUUUCGAGCAAUUCGAUUACAAUGAAAUUAUUUAUGAUCUUUGGCGCCGAUUUUACAGCAAGGAUCCAUCCAGUAAAUAGACGAUACACGGGUCAGUAAUUUCAAACUGAGUGGAAAAUACGGUAAGAAUUUUAACGAAGGAUUAAGAGAAUCGCGUGUGCCGCCGUAUACGAUUUCGUUCUUUCAACUAACACAAUUUCCAUUCUUUAGUUGGAAUGCACAAUGCAAUUUCGUUGUUGCAAUGGACAAAGAGCGGAUGCAGCGAACUGAGACUAAGUGUUUUUUUUCAGCAACACUUAUUGCAAUAGCCCUUGAACUUUGAGGAACAAACCUCGACCAUGAACAGUAAUGCUUUAAGCAACAGACCUUCUUGCAAACCGGUCGUUCUCCUUGCACUAUGCCAUUUCUUGUCCUUUUUACUUUGUAAAACCCUUUUUAAUCGCGUAAAUAUGUCUUGUCCAAUGCCAUGCCACUACAUGCGCGAUCACCUCGAAUAAAUAAAUUAUGAUCGCAGACUUUAACACUUGACGCUUUUAUAAAAGUUUACGAAAGAUAAAUCUGUGAAGCCUUUCGCUGAAAAUAGGCGACGAAUACUCUGUGAAAAGUUAUUGCUCGUCAAAAAGAAAAAAUCGAUUUGAAUUUAAAUACGAUCAACGGGGAAAUGAGGUGAAUCACGUGCGAACAUUGAACUUGACUUUGGCUGUUCAAUGGAUUUUAUUGUGCCAGAGAUCGUGGGCACGUUCGUAAAAUCCAUUGUUAUUCUAAUUUCUACGCGUGCACGCUUCUUUGCGAAUAGAAUCGAUAAUAAGAAUCCUAGUAGCACCGUGAUUAGGUAAUACGCCUAGAAGUUGGUGAACUGAACCAAAAUACAACAAUGUGGGGUCAAGAACUUUAGAAUCGAACGAAAGCACCCCUGUCUCUGUAUACUUAAAUCCCGGUGUCCUCUUCUGGAUUCUUACAUAAUUGAACUGAUAUAUUUUUAGAUCCUCAUAUUUUUAGAUUUCGUAAAUUCAGCACCCUUCUAAAUUACGCAGACUACAAGAACAACAGAUACCUGCAUACUGGAAAAUUGCUUAAUCGACAGGAAUGAAUUGCAAAAUAUUUUAGAAAGGAAAUCGUUAUCGAUCAGUGUGUUUCCGCAUAAAAGGACGACACCGUAAUUUAUCGUGUAACUGCAAAUUUAUCGUUGAUGUAACGAUUCCAUGACUAGGGUACGUAUUUUACUGCACAAAUAGGUGCAUACGGUCUGUGAACAUAGUCUGAGCGUUACCACGAUGACGAUUAGAUAAUAUUACUUUCUUCUCGAAUAGAAAGUGUUAUUAGAGAACUGCUGGAUUGUAGAUAGAUGUUGUAAUCCAUUGGUAAUGAAAAUUAUGUAUUAACAUCGACGUUUGCGAAUCACCGUUUCUAAUAUUCCGUUUACGACAUUCGCUGUUAGGUUACACAGAACGUAAUCUCUAUUACGUGACAAAUAUCGUAUGCGACAACCAUGACGCUUCAGUUUAUUGUAAAAGACAGAAACGAAUCGUAUGUAAACUUUCAGGAAGUAUCGUAUAUUCGAAUUCCCCGGCAAAAUUCCAAGUAGACAUUUAUGCGGCAGCUCGUACGGAUAUAAAAAUUCUUAAUCUUAUUCGAACAAGAAAUAACUCAUCGAGCGAAGGGAAAGCGUUUUGGCUGAUAAAGUGGGUCAUGGGUUAUAGCUAAGUCAUUCGACCGGUUUCCUAGAAUCUGAUCCGUUCCAAAACGAUUUUACCGAUUUUCAUUUGCAGUGGACGACGCUUCGGGUAGAUACACCAACGGUUUCUUCUGGGGAAACUCUUACUAUGUUGGUUCGUCGACCGAGUGCACUUACAUCAACGAAGACUAUGGCAGAAAGAUAUCGCACAGCCAUCGAGAUUCGGAGAUGGAAGAAGUGGAGGAAUUUAAUUCGGAACCGCGAAAAAGAAACGAUGGGCUCAGCGGAAAUAAUCUCUGGACCGAAAUUAAAUCGGACAAACCACCUUAUAAAUUAGGAUUUUAUAUGAUGACCAUUUCCGUGAACGCAUCUCUGUCUUCUAUGACAAGAACAAUCUACCUCGGAGUCUGUCUACCUUUUUCAUGCACCGCUUCCGACGUUUCCGUGAUAGCAAAAUUGGCCGCGAGCGAACUAGCAGCGAAACACUCGACUAUCGAGAAGAUCCGAGAUCAACACGACAUGUACAACAUGUACGAGGACCCAGUAUUCUGGAUCUUAUCCGGUGUGAGUGCUAUGGUUCUUUUCCUGAUGGCGGUCGGGACGGGAUACGAUCUUUAUAUAACGAGAAAAUAUACUCGUGGUAGAAACGUGAUUUACGAUUUGGAAAGGCAUGCAAAAUUAGAACAGCUCGCUGUUAGAAAUCAAAAACCAUUGAGUGCGGCAGAAGCUAUCAUCAACGGAUCUCAGCCGUUACCGGUUAAUAACAACAACGAUCACGAAGGUAGUCUACGAUCGGCGAGUCCGGAAGUGCACAAGUUCAGUGUCUUCGAGGAACUCCUACUUUCGUUCUCGGUUCGCGCCAAUGUGAAAAUCAUCUGCGACGAUAAAGUUGGCGGUGACACGAUUAGCACCAUCCACGGUUUGAAAGCGAUAUCGAUGGCCUGGGUUAUCCUCGGUCACACCUGCAUCACCGCCUUCAAGUAUUCCGACAAUAUGGAGUAUCGAAAAGUCGUGGAAAGAAAGUUCCUUUUCCAAACGAUUACCAACGGAGCAUUCAGCGUCGAUACGUUCUUCUUUAUGGGUGGUUUGCUCGUUAGCUUUUUGUAUUUUCGAACAAACGCGAAAGGAGACUUGAACAAAUUGACACAGGGUACACGGGGUUUCAUAGCUGGAGGUCUUAAGUUCAUCGGACUUAUUAUGUACCGAUUCUGUAGACUCACAGCUCCCUACAUGUUUGUUCUUGGCGUUGUACAGAUCGCUAUGAAAUGGUUUUAUUCCAACUCUGUGUUUGAGCCACCAACAGCUGAUCAUUAUAAUUGUCCCAAUUAUUGGUGGAGAAAUCUGCUUUACAUCAAUACAUUGUUCCCAGUCGACCAAAUGUGUAUGAUUUGGAGCUGGUAUGUUGCGGAUGACACGCAAUUCUAUACAGUCGGUGCUGUAAUACUAAUCCUAGCUACCAACCACUUCAAGAUCGCAACCUUCGCGAUGACCACCUUGUUACUCAGUUCCUGGUUAACGACAGGUUACAUUGCUCUGGUGAACAAUCAUAUGCCUAGCUCGGAUGAUCCGUUGGCUUUAUUCGAUAAAAUCUAUGACAAACCAUGGACCAGACUAGGUCCUUACCUCAUAGGCAUGUCGAUCGGAUACUUCCUUUUUAAGACUGAUUGCAAAGUGAAAAUGUCCAAAACGACAGUCGUCGUGGGCUGGCUCCUCUCUUCGGCGUGCCUUUUGAGUUUAUUAUACGGUCUGUACGAGACAGAACUUACUCCUAUAAUGGCAGCCGCUUAUUCCUCGUUAAGUCACAGCAUCUGGGCACUGGGUUUAUCGUGGAUCGUUGUCGCAUGUAGCACAGGCUAUGGAGGAUACGUGAACAAUAUUCUAUCAGCACCGAUUCUGUAUCCAGUUAGCAGGAUAACAUACUGUGCCUAUUUGGUGCAUCCUCUUGUAAUUCGAUUAACAGCUAUGAAUUUGGAUUCACCGUUUCAUUUAGGAAACUAUACUAUGGUAAUGAUUACAUGAGAAGGUUAAUUAAUCCAUCAUUGCUGAACUGAUUUAAUGAUAUCAUUUUCAGAUGAUUACUUUCUUUGGGCAACUCGU